UUCCCCUGUGGUUGGAGACCAGAUCAGCUAGCAGGAAGCUAACUAGUUAUAUUUUUGAUUCCUCACAGUUUUGAAGACGCAGUUAGUACUCGGUCAGUUACGGUGUCUGAUUCUACUGGAUAUUGUUUAUCGCCAUAUUCCCUGAGACACCGUUUUCCCUCCGCUCCCGGAGAAAACACUGAGCCAUGUACAAUGGGAUUGGCCUGACGACUCCGCGGGGCAGUGGCACCAAUGGCUACGUGCAGCGCAACCUGUCGAGCCUGCGCGUCAAACGGCCGCGGGAUGAGCGUGGUGGUGAGCGGGAUGAGAAGGACCGGGAGAGGCUGGAGAGCCAGCUCAAUAGGCAGCCCAAUGCUGACAUCCUGGAGCACCAACGGAAGAGGCAGCUGGAGGUCAAGUGUGCUGAACUACAAGACAUGAUGGAGGAGCAGGGGUACUCUGCUGAGGAGAUUGAGGAGAAGGUGAACAGCUUCCGCAUGAUGCUGCAGGAGAAGCAGGAGCCGGCUCCUGCCACCACCGAGAGACCAACGGUGACAGAGACUCACGCUCUUGCUGCGGCCAACCAGCAAAAGAAUGACCGUCUUCGUGCUGCAUUUGGAAUCGCAAGCGAUUACGUGGAUGGAUCGUCCUUCCAGGCCGACCGGAAGGAGAGAGAGAAGGAGAAGAGAGAACAGGAACGCCUGGAGAGGGAGAGGCUGCAGCAGCAGAAAUAUACGUUGGUGGAGGAUUCAGAUGAUUCAGAUUCUCCUCCUAAGAAGCGCAGUCGGAAGAAGAAAAAGAAAAACAAGAACAGAGACAGCAGCUCAGAGAGUCCCUCCCCAUCUCCUCGCAGAGAGAAGAAGAAAUCCAAAAAGAAGAAAAAGAAACGUGAGGCAUCAGAAGAGGCUGAAGAAGAGGAUAGUCAAAGUUCAUCAGAUGAGAAACAGAAGGUGUCAAAGAAGAAGAGAAAAAAGAGCGAAAGUGCCAGUCCUCCAAAAGCAAAGGCAGCGCGACGCAGGAGCGUCUCCUCCAGCUCUGCUCACAGCCAGUCUCCCGCUCCAGUGAGAUCACGUCAACUGGACCAAACUACAAGGAAAGCUGAUAAUGGAAGAAGGGAGAGAUCACCAGACAGGAGGAGACGGGGCUAUGAGGAGCACAGCCCACAUCGUCAGGGAGGUGACAUGAAGAGGUCCAAUCCUGAACGAGAAAAAGAGCGACCCGGUGAGACAGAGAAGACAUCCGCCAAGAGGAGACAUGACUCCUCAUCCCCCUCUCCACCACCACAGACAGAAAAAAGCUGGCAGAGGGAGAAAGGGAGGAGAUCCAGAAGCAAACAGAAGGAGAGCGAGAAAGGAGCAGAGAGAAGCAGAGAGCUGCAGAAAAGGAGGCGUUCGAGGAGCAUAGAAAACGAGAGAGAGAAAGGGAGGCGUUCAAGGAGCAGAGAAAACGAGAGGGAGAAAGGGAGGCGUUCAAGGAGCAGAGAAAACGAGAGGGAGAAAGGGAGGCGUUCAAGGAGCAGAGAAAAUGAGAGGGACAAAGGGAGGCGCUCAAGGAGCAGAGAAAAUGAGAGGGAGAAAGGGAGGCGCUCAAGGAGCAGAGAAAAUGAGAGGGACAAAGGGAGGCGUUCAAGGAGCAGAGAAAAUGAGAGGGACAAAGGGAGGCGCUCAAGAAGCAGGGACGUGGAGAGAGGGAGGCGUUCAAGAAGCAAAGAAAAGAGGGAUAAAGGAAAGGAAAGCAUUCCUCAGAGGACCAGACAUGACUCCUCCUCAUCCCCUUCUCCUCAUCCUCCUAAACAGGAGAUCAGGAGGGAAAGGAGCAGAGACACUGAGUGGGAAAAAGACAGGAAUAAACCAGACAAAAAGAUAAGACAUGACUCUUCAUCCCCCUCACCUCCUCCUGAAAAGGAGAGAGUAAGGAGGGAGAGGAGUGGAGAGAGGGAGCGCAGAACUGAGAGAGAUCUGUACUCGAAGGCGCCAAAUGAAAGGGACAACAGGAAAGACACCAGGAAGAGACAGGAGAGGGAGGCCUCUCGCUCACCUGUCACCAAUGGACAACAAAGAGAAAGGGAGAGCGAGAGGAGAAGAGAAAAAGACAAGGAGAGCACAAAGGACAGGGACAGGCAUCUGAACAAGCAGGGGGAACAAGACAAAGAGCGAGGUCAAGAAGACGGCAGAAAGAGAGAUGAGGUUGUCCGGUCGUCUGCAGAAAGUAGACGAGAUGGAUCGAGACCUGCGGAGAAAGACACGGUCGAAAGAGCGAACGUGAACGACAGGCAAGAGAAGACGAGAAGCCCUCCACGAAAGGAGAAACGUGACGAGAGGGCGAAACAGGCGGAGAAAAGAAAAGAGAGCAGCAGCAGCAGUAGCGGCAGCAGCAGCAGCAGCGGCAGUAGCGGCAGUAGCAGCAGCGAUAGUGACAGUGACAGCUCCUCAUCCUCCUCUUCGUCUUCAUCCUCUUCUUCAUCCUCAUCCUCUGAAGAUGAGGGCAAGGUGAAGAAGGCUGGGGCAGCAGGGAGGGAAAAGGCGAGUCCCACGAAAAGCUCAGCAGCUGCCAUUGGGGCUGCGGUUCAGAGGUAUUUAGCCAAUGGUAAAAAGGAAGGCUCCGCCUCUGUUUCUGAGGGCGACGCGCCCCGACGACCCCACAAGGACAGAGACGAUGGAAGAGACAAGCGUGAGAGGGAAAGACCUCCUCACAGAGCCGCUAUGGAGAACUGCCCACCCCAAACAAAAGGUCAGGAGCGAUACAGUCCCACACAGAUGGACAGCCCCAGUCCGCCUCCUUCUCCACCCAACAGAGUGGACAACAGCAGGGGCAGCAACAGGUACCCCCCGUCUGAGGCCAAAGCAGAGAAAACAAGGGAGGCAAAAGCUGCUGAAAGGGAUAGAGGGAGGGAAAGGGACGCAGCCAGGAGGCCUGUGAGAUCCAGCCCCUCAGCCAGGAGGUCACGCUCUCCGCCCCAGAAAACCACCACCGCCUCCCCAGCCCGUCGCACUCCACCAAGGCAGUAUCAGGAGCCCCCAUCCCGAUCCAGGAGAGCCUCUCCUCCUGCGGCAUGGUCAGACCGGGAGAGAGAGAGGCAGAGGAACAGGGAGAAGGAGAGGGAUAGAGAGCGAGAGAAGGACAGAGAACGUGAGCGGGCAGCCAGAAGGAGCAGGUCCAGGUCCCGAAGUCCAAGGAGGUGCAGCAGGUCCAGGUCUAGAAGCCAGAGGAGGCGAAGCCCUCCCAGCAGGCCCCGUCGCUCUCCCUCGCCACAGCGGCGAAAGAGGAGCAGCCGCUCUCUCUCUCGAGAAAGAGGGAGAGAAAGGGAACGUGAGAGGACCAGGCAGAAGGAGGCAGAACAAGAGAGAGAAAAGGAGCAACUGCACCCAAAAGAUGUUCCUCAGUCCAGCAGGUCCUCCUCGUCAUCAUCGUCCUCCAGCUCCUCCUCUUCCUCUUCAUCCUCCCCCUCACCGGCUCGAGAAAGGAAAGACGCCAAAACCUUAGCAGAGAAAGACAGAAGAAGAGAUCGAGAGGAUGAGAAGAAAGACGACAGAGAGCAGAAAAGUCGUUCUUCUUCCUCACAGGGCCCAGCUAAAGACUCUUUCCAUGCUCCGACCUCAGGUAGAAGAAGCUCCCAGUCAGACUCCAGGCGCUCUGAUGGGAUGUCCAGGAGGUCUCCACCUGGCAGCCAACCUGACGCCAAACCGUCGUCACGAGCUCCAAACAGGAAGCAGUCACCACCAGCAGCCCCUCAGCUGUCAGACCAAACAGUCAGAAAUGAGAGCGCUGUAAACGGCAAGGAGGCAAACGCAAACAAGAAAGCCAACAGGAGCAGCAGCUCCAGCUCCUCUUCCUCCUCUUCUUCAUCCUCUUCGUCCUCAUCUUCGUCCUCCUCUUCAGACAGCUCUGACUCUGACGAGGAGCAAGGGAAGGGGAACACAACCAAAGCUCAGAGCAGUGCUUCAUCCUCCUCCUCAUCUGACAACGAAAAGGAAACGAAGAGCAAGAGCCCUGCCAGGCCUCGGAGGGUGCCGGCCGAUUCGCUGAGAGAUUCUCGCUCGCUCAGUUAUUCUCCUCCAAGACACAUGAGAGCAGCACGGUCCUCGCCCAGCCGCAGGAGUGGCAGCAGGCAGUCGCCGAGCCGCUCGUCCACCAGCAGACGAAGGAAGUGAGCUGACAACACGGAGACGCCUCUCCACUUCCUCUGCGUUGUUUCUGUGUUCACCUCCGGCUGGUUUGAACUGGGCUCUAACAUGGACUUCACGGCCAGCUGUCAGUCGAUGCACAUCUGGGGACUCGUUUUGGUUCUGAGCCGACACACAGUAAUCACCAAUGUGUUUGUUUUUCUAAGCAGCGAUGACCCAGGGCUGGCUUGUACAUUUAUUUUUAUGAGCUGAGUAAGAAGCAUACACACAAACGCAGCUGAGUAAAAUGUAACUCUAACAGUUCUCCUCUGUACUUGUACCGUUUAUUGCGUUCUACCUGUAGAUAUGAGCUGUCUGUAUUUUGGUUAUUAUCAUGUAACAGAAAAGCAAUUUCCAUUUAAUGUGAGCAGAAACUGAAACGUGGUUAAUUUCUUUGUUGAAAAUGGUUAAUAAUAAUAAUAAAAGGCAAUUGUGCAUUUUA